UGAGGCGCCCGGCGCGGUUCCCAGGUGGCGGAUGGGGCCGCAUAGUUCGAAGGAAUGUGAGGAGGCGGGUGCAAGGAGCUGGGGGAGCGCCAGGGAGCUCCGUGGCGUGGGAGAAAUGGCCGAAUCUCGGACUGGACCGUUCGCAACCGUUGGGCCCACGACGGAGAGUGAGCCGACCCGUUUCAGCGACACGUCAGAGGCCGGCGGGCACAGGACAAGGUCCCCUGCGGCCGCCUUUUGUCGGCGGAGCCUUGGGGCCCCCGCCAGCCCUGUGGAGUCUCCCGCCGCCCAAGUUCAGCAAAAAAUUCCUUAUAGUCCCCCGAAAUCCUUGGAGCGCAGGGCCCCGGUAGUUGUGUAUAGAUUGGCUGUAGGGCUGUUUGUGUAGCUCUUAGGACCCCUCUGGAUUCCGUGCUCCAGGAGACGGGUAUUUUUGUAGGGAGCCCAUCGCACACUAUAUUCAAUUAGUGUAGAUACUCUAAAUAGUUUGGUUUCAUACGUUUCUACAUUUAAAGAGUUACUUUUUGAUGCUGGAUUCCUUUGGAUUCCUUUUCGCUUUUGGUUUUCCCAAAUUCUCUACCUCACGUAGGAAACUCUUCCAAAGAGCAUCAUUAGGGAAGAAGUUGAGGAGCCUGGGCUUGAUUUUCCUUGCUGGUAAAAUGGGGAUAUCCCUAUAUUCUCUUUCACUGCUUCAAAGGAGUAUUAUGAAGUUAAAGGAAUGUGACAUUUCUUUAUAGUAGAAGGCAAAAGCAUAGUAUGUAGAAGGGGAAGCAAGGGAAGACAGGCUUCCAGAAACUUUUGCUAGCCAUAAUUUUGGUGAAUGUUGGUGAGACCAAAGGAAGCUGUGUUUACAUCAACUCCUGUGGAAUCUAAAGACGGAUCAGUUCUGUAUCUCUUCUUGGCUGUGUGGACCUUUGCGCAAAUAGUUUAGCUCUUAGUUUUGUUUUUUUUUUGCUUCCACAUUCUUAAAAUGGGGAUUGAUAAUAUCAAUCUUACAAGAUCGUUGGUAAAUACUAAGUGAGUUGAUGUACAUAAAGUGCUUAGAACAGUUACUGGCCUUUAAGAGUUAUAUUAUUUACUUGUGUCUACUCUUAAAGAUGGGAAAACUCAAGAACUCUGGCCUUAUUACUUAUCCUUUGCUCAGAAUUCCAUGAGCCUAUUGCCAGUGAACCCUUAGGCCACCUCAUCUUCCAUCUGAGCGUAUAGUGUAAUUAUGUAUAACUAGAAGUUUCUUCUGGAUAUUUAUUUUAUCAUUAAAUAUUAAUGUUGAAAACUCACUGUACUAGGUCAUCUAUUGUGAUAGCUGUGUUUGGGUAAAUGAAACCUGAGAACUUCUUUAGAAGUUUCUUUCUUUCUUGGAUAAUGUUUUGUUUACAGUCUUGGCCUAGGCACAGUUUAUUUUUGGAUCAAAUACCAAAAAAAAUACCAUGAUUGCAGCAUACUUGGUUUCUCAUGUUCUCGGAAUGGCUGUGGGAUUCUGGAGGGGAAUUUCUGGGGCAACCUGGCAGCAUUUCCUAUUAAUGAAUGGGGAAGCUUGGUACGAAUCUAAUCUUAUUGUUCUGUUAGUAAGUCAACAGAGGUUCUUUUGGAUUACUUGACAGCUACAAAGCAGCUUUGAUUCGUUGAUUCAUUUUUACUUAGUAGAAUGAAGAUUAGGGAAUGGUAUCCACAAAGUAAGCAUGUUUUCUGUUUGAAUUUCAAGAGCUUGGGUGGGUGCUGUUGAAUCAAAGACAUCUUUAUUCCUUGCUGUCUCCUCACUAUAUGUGUGUGUGUGUGUGUGUGUUGUUGUGUGUGUGUGUGUGUGUGUGUGUAUAAAAACACACUGUUUGGAGAUUCUAAUGGAAGACUGUUCUGUUUUCUAAGUCUCCCUUUCUAAGGAUGCCACUGUUUAUACACUUAAUGUUAUCGGGAACUAACCACAAAAUGAGGAACUUUUGAAUUUAUGAAAAAGAGAGCAUUGCUUACUGCAGCAGUAUCUGACCAGAUUUGGCUGAAGAAUAGGGGGUAUACAUUUUGUUAUUUAGUUUUAGAAUAAGACAAUUUAAUAUUACUUUAAGGUGGAAAUUGGAUGUUGUCAUGGUGAGAGUGGAAGACAAUAUCCUUGUGAAACUUCUCUAUUUGUGCUUGAAUAAGGAGGAAGGGGAGUGAUAUCUUCAAAGAGUUGAGCAUUUUAGAGGCAGAAAGGGAAGGCUGCCUCCCUAAUGCUCUUGUCAUCUUUAUCAUCUGUCUGAGUCUGGUUUGAAUACAAGAUUUUGGAAAAGAGGGCAGGGAGCAUUUCAAUAGGCAGAACAUAAGGAGUUAGAAGAACCUAGAUCCUUGUUGUAUCACUCACUGGGUACCAUUUAUUCUUUUAAUAAUUUCACAGACAUUUAUUGAACAAUUAAUUAUGUUCAAUUUAUUUUUUAUGCAUUUAUUGGUCCCUGGAGACACGAAGUAGAGCCCUCUAGAUAUCAGGAAACCAUGGAUAAAACGAAAUAAGUGUGAUGCCUUAAAAGUAUAUUUUAAUGAAAUCAGAAUGGAAUAUAAAACAGUUGGCCAGGAGUGAUAAAAAUAUCUUUAUUGUCUAACUCCUCUUCUACUUUUAAUGUAAGAAACUUUGAGGAAAAUAUGUACAUAAAAUUGUUAAGGCCAGUCUCCAUCUGGAGACCAUUACUGUCAUUAGAAUAGAUGAAUUGGAUGUACUCUAAUGAUAGUCAUUCUUCAUAUUUUCUACUUAAGCAAGUUUGAGGGCAAAACAUUUUUUUCUGAGAUAAGAAGUGAGUGUACACUAGUUUAACGGGAAUUUCUUAUUCUAGUUGAGAGAGGUCUUUGAAAUUGUUCACAGAGCAUGGGGUUGUGUGCCACGGUAGAUGUGUCAAGCCAAGAGGCCAGGUGGUCCCCCAGAGGGAGAUGCACUGCUGUUGAACUUCUCGUUGGGAGGAAGUUCAGAGCAAGCCCUCAUGGUGAGUGUAGGGAGGAACAAAGCCCAAACUACAGUCCCUGGAACCAAGACUUAGUGACCCUGAAAUUCAGAGUCAGAGAGAUAGGGAAGCUGGUUAAGUGUCUGAGCACUGAACAGUGAAGGGUUCUGUCUAGUGGGUACCAGAUCCUUCCAAUUCUGCUGCUUCUGGUUGAUGAGUGAUACUUUUGUCUAGAAGAUCAGUACUUGACAGCCUGGCCCACGUUUCUCCCAAAUGUUAUCGUCUUUGACACCCAGGCAGCUGGCUUUAUUAUCAACCGUGCUCUUCUCUCCACAUCUUAUCCCUUCUCCCCUCUUGUUCUUAACAUUUUCUCUUUUCCUUCUUUCUUUAUCUUUAGAUGGUCUCAUGUCAGGUUUUUCUUUCAACUGAAAAACAGACUCUCAAAAAGUUCAACGGGGUGAGAAACAACAAACUAGGUGUUGAGCUGAAAUUGUAGUUCUCUGGAGACUAAGCAAAAACAAAAAACUACUCCAAUUGUGUUAUUAUUACAGUGGCAUGUAAGUUAGUAAAACAGAGAAACAGUCUAAGCUGUUGGUAUCAUAAUGACCACUGUGCCAGAGAGAAUUAAACAGAGGCCCUGAUGUGUGUUAAGCACAUUGUACAAUAGCGGCAUUAUUUGUACUUUAUGAUCUGGGUGUGUUUUUGCGGCUUUCAGUUGAAGACAUUCUAUUACCUACUUCAAGUAGAGAGGAUUAGAGUUUCAAGGCCUUUUUCUUGAACUAAUAUUUACCAGACAGGCUUUUCACUUUGUUUCUUCAGUCAUGAAGUAGAUAUAAUCAAGUAUUCAUCUGUCUCUUUUUCACUUUAUCAUUUUAUAUCAAAAUAGUUUAAAUAAGAGAGAAAUAGGAUAAACUUAAAUUUAAAAAAAUUCCAAACUUCACAUCUUCGAGAAUAAUUUGGAAAUGCACAUGGCUUUUCUAAACUGUUCUCUCCCCUCACUCGUAGCAGGGGAAGAUUGAGUUUUUGGAACCAAUUACAAUUAGGUGGAUAUCCUCAAAUGCAAGGUUCAGAAAGGGGUGCUUCUUUGACUUAGAAUGGAAAAACAGAGAAAGUAAUACUAAUCUCAUUUUUUUAAAAAAGAGGCUAAUAAUCCUCCUUAUUAAAAUACAUAGGGUUCAGAAAAAGCUCUGUCUGAACCAUUUGAAUAUUUCAAAAAGAGUUUUUAUUGAUUCCCAGUUAUCCAGAGGGCAGGAGCUCACCUUCAUGAAGAACAUCUUAUACAACAGGUAUUAGAUUAAUAGUAAUGGUUUAAUAGGAACAUCAGUUACUUUAGCCUUAAAAUAGACCUUUAGGGAAAAGAGAAUUUCAAGAAGAUCUGGGAAUCUUUACGUUUUCUGUAGGACAGAUGGAAUUUUUCAAUCACAACUCAUUAUUCUCUAAUAAACAGUUAGAUUUCAUUUUUUAAAGCCUUCAUCUGCCGAAUGGCAUUUUUUUACUUUAGCCACUUGUCUUCUGGUACUGAACAGUGUCUGAGGGAAGCAUCAAGAGGGAGCUUUCAACAUUCCUGUUGGUAUUUAUUUAAUCAGUUACUUCCAUGCAAAAACUUUUCUGGCUGCUUCUAUGAAAGUUCUUCUAUUUAAAGCUGGCUUUGAUUUUACUGAGAUAGGGAAAGGGAGAAAAGAAGAGGGAAAAAAUUAGAGGACUAUGUUCAGAAACAUUCCUUUCUAAACUUUACAGUUAACUUUAGGGAGACCUUUGCAACAUUGUAUACAGCUCUAAGGUCAGUGUAACAGUUUUGAAUGUAUUUAUUCUCUAUCGGAGAAUUUUAUAAGAAAAAAUUAUGUCAGACUUUCUUGGGGGCAAAUAUUCUAAACAGACUUGGUCUAUCCAAAUUUUUUUCCAGAGUUCUUCUAAAUGUUAAGGGAAAAUGCAAAAUUAUUGUUAAUUAGAUGUUUAAGAUAUAGGUAGUAUGCACUGUGUUUUGAUUUGUUUUGUUUGUUCUUGGGUAACUUUUUGUUUUGACAUAAUUUCAAAUUUAUGGAAAAGUGGCAAGAAUAGCCUAAGGAAAGAGAGAAUUUCCAGAUAGUGGUAAGAAUAAUGAUAGCAGUAUGCAGUGGGUGCCUUGGGGGAACGUGCAGCAGUGCCAUGGAACCCAAAUUAGGGAGUCAUGAAAGGCUUCCUUGAAGAGGUUAUUUCUAAUUCUUUGCCUUCAGGUGAAACCUCCAGAUCAUAAUUUUCAGAGCAUGGUGAUUUGGGCAUUAAAAUAAACAAGCUAGUAAUGACUUAAGCAUAAGGUAGUAAAUACCUUCAGACUGGGCAGCUGUGGAUCUCUGAUUAUCACUGCAGAAAGCUUUAUCAGAGAAAGUUCACUGAACAUCCUAAAUUGAUCAUUGAGAAGCUUUUAUAAGUGCAAAAAGUUGUUUUUGAUAGUACAAAACCGACACUGUGGGAAAUAUCUCUGCACGUACUUCCUUGUGGAUCUCUGGAGGAUACAUUGCUAGAUAUGCAACUGCUGGGCCAAAGGAUAUGCAGACUUCUGAAGCUUUAGUUGGAAAAUAAUCCUAUUCUAAGAACUCAGGCACUCAAGUAUCCACCAUGGUAUUGGGUCCUGAGCAGAAGAUGCCAGACGAUGAUGCUUCUGGAGACCCUGGGGACAAUGCCAGUCUUGGUGCCAUCAACCCUGCCUACAGUAACUCCUCUCUUCCACAGUCCACAGAGCCCUCAGAGGAUCCCUUCACCACCUACUUUGAUGAGAAGAUCCCCAUUCCUGAGGAGUAUUCUUGUUUUAGCUUUCGUAAACUCUGGGCUUUCACGGGACCAGGCUUUCUUAUGAGCAUUGCCUACUUGGAUCCAGGAAACAUCGAAUCUGAUUUGCAGUCUGGAGCAGUGGCUGGAUUUAAGUUGCUCUGGGUCCUUUUGCUGGCCACCAUCGUGGGGCUCCUUCUCCAGCGCCUUGCAGCUAGACUGGGAGUGGUCACUGGGCUGCAUCUGGCUGAAGUGUGUCACCGACAGUAUCCCAAGGUCCCACGGAUUAUACUAUGGCUGAUGGUGGAGUUAGCCAUCAUUGGAUCUGAUAUGCAAGAAGUCAUUGGCUCAGCAAUUGCCAUCAAUCUCCUGUCUAUGGGAAGGGUUCCUCUAUGGGGUGGAGUUCUCAUCACCAUUGCAGAUACUUUUGUAUUUCUCUUUUUGGACAAAUAUGGCUUGCGGAAGCUGGAAGCAUUUUUUGGAUUUCUCAUCACCAUUAUGGCCUUCACAUUUGGAUAUGAGUAUGUUACAGUGAAACCUGACCAGGGCCAGGUGCUCAAGGGCAUGUUCGUGCCAUCCUGUUCAGACUGUCAAACCCCACAAAUCCAGCAGGCUGUGGGCAUCGUGGGAGCUGUCAUUAUGCCACACAACAUGUAUUUGCAUUCUGCCUUAGUCAAGUCUAGGCAAGUUAACCGGGCUAAUAAGCGGGAAGUUCAAGAAGCCAAUAAGUACUUUUUCAUUGAAUCCUGCAUUGCUCUCUUUGUUUCCUUCAUUGUCAACGUCUUUGUCGUCUCAGUCUUUGCCGAGGCAUUUUUUGAGAAGGCCAAUGAUCAAGUGGUUGCAGUCUGUAGAAACAGCAGCAGUCCCCAUACCCACCUCUUUCCUGAGGAUAACUCAACACUGACUGUUGACAUCUACAAAGGGGGUGUUGUGCUGGGAUGUUACUUUGGGCCUGCAGCACUCUACAUCUGGGCAGUGGGGAUCCUGGCUGCAGGACAGAGCUCUACCAUGACAGGAACUUACUCUGGCCAGUUUGUCAUGGAGGGAUUCCUGAAUCUAAAAUGGUCACGCUUUGCCCGAGUGCUUCUUACUCGCUCAAUUGCCAUCAUCCCCACUUUACUUGUUGCUGUCUUUCAAGACGUAGAGCAUCUGACAGGGAUGAAUGAUUUCCUAAAUGUGCUGCAGAGCUUACAGCUUCCCUUUGCUCUCAUACCCAUCCUCACAUUUACUAGCUUGCGGCCGGUAAUGAGUGACUUUGCCAAUGGAAUAGGCUGGAGGAUUGCAGGCGGGAUCUUGGUCCUUAUCGUCUGUUCCAUCAACAUGUACUUUGUAGUGGUUUAUGUCCACGAUCUAGGGCAUGUGGUGUUGUAUGUGGUGGCAGCUGUGGUCAGCGUGGCUUAUCUGAGCUUUGUUUUCUACUUGGGUUGGCAGUGUUUGAUUGCACUGGGCAUGUCUUUCCUGGACUGUGGGCACACGUACCAUCUUGGAUUGACAGCUCAGCCUGAACUCUACCUUCUGAACACCGUGGAUUCUGAUUCACUUGUAUCUAGAUGACGGACAGCCAGAGAGACUAUUUAAGAACUACUUUCUUUAAGCCCUUUUAUGCCAAGUGACUUGUUACAUAUCUUUGUUAGUUCAGGGGUGAGUUUUGUUCAGGCAUUUUGAACAAAAGACAGAGAUUUCCUCAUGGGAAGUGUUUUAAAAACUGACAGCUAUUAACUUGUAGGUCAGAGAACCACCCACCUUGCAAAAGUCAAACAGCCAGAGUUAAAUGAUUGGCCUAUGAUGGCCACACACCCCUAUGGGCUUGUGUCUUGACUUCUGUAUAUAUAUUUAUGUAGACCUGAACAUAUCAGUUUGGGUGGAGUUUCUAAAGUUAUAUAAAACUGAUAAAUCUUUUAUAUUUUUUAAAAACAUAUCGUUCAUAUAAAUCAGCUAUUUCUUUGGUUUGCAAAUGAGAAGAGAAGGGAAUGAAGCUCUUUUUCAAAAUGUACUGGUCAAAUUGACUGUUUUAAAGUGAUGCUUUACUAUGCAAUUUAAAGAUUAUUUUGAUUUUAAUCAACCAGAAUAUAUCCUUGGUAUCUACUGAUACUAGCACAUCAUUUCUAAAGAAAACAUUUCUUCUAUCCAGCAGUAUUUAACCGUGAUUAUCUGAGUGCUUUGUGAUUUUUUAUUCUCUUUGUUGUAGUUUUUUUUUUCUUGUCUUUAAACAGAGAUCAUGGUAUUUGCCAAAGAGCUUAAUACCUAGUAACAAGUAAAUCAAAAAACCAUAUUUUAACCAAUGGUUGGUUUUCCAUGUUGUAUAAUAACUCACCCCAUUCUGGUAUUCGAGAUUUAGGUAUAGAAAGAAGAAAACUUCUAACAUUUAACUUUGUAAAUUCCAGCAUAAGAUAAUGGAGAUAUUAAUCUUUCUAGCAUUUGAUAGUUCUACCAUGUCUUUUGUUCCCACUUUUCCCAUUAAUACUCCGAACACCAUUUCUAGGUCCACAUAGGCUAAGUCUAUUUCUAGGAGUAGCUAAUACUUUUAUUUACAUUGUUGAAUUUGUUAGGUGAAUGCUAAAUGUUUCACUUUAAGAUAUUCAUACUGAUAGUGUAGUAAUUAGAACUAGAUUGGGAGUUAGAAGACUAGUCCAUAUGUCACAAACUGCCUACCUACAUAUAGGUUAUAGUUUGUUUAUUUUUAACUCUUCCAAAGCAGGGUUUUUUUUCCUUAAAAUUUUUAUAAUAAAAAAUUUAAUAUUUAAAAAA